AUGUCCAUCACUGCGGGGAACCUGCCUUCAUCCACUUUUAUAUCCUUACCCUCUUCUGUUCUCACUACCUCUGGCUCUUCAAGCAGCUCAGCCCUCCCUGGGAUUACUUCCUCUCCCACUACCCCAGAUGCAGUGGUUACCAGUUUGGGGACUGAGAGCAGCACUACUGAAGGAUCCCUGACUAUGCUCAGUGUGUUGGAACAGAGCUCCCAGCCAGUCAAGACAUCUCUACCACCCACGUGGAAUACCAGAACGACCAAGAGUGCUGACUUAGGAAGAGUGACGAGUGGUUUUCCAGCUCCUCUGCUCUCCACCCUGUUGAUAAAAACCGAAGACUCGGUGGAGCGCAACACAAAGAUACCCAAUGAAGCAGCUCACGGAGGCAUCGCCGGGUCCAUUGCAGGCCCUCUGGCAACCACAUUGCCUGCUCGUUCUAAUGGUCCAUCCACAGGAGGGACAGGAAAAGCAGAGACCACCACCACAGCUCUGAAGACCACCUCCAUGCCCACUUUGAUCACCUGGGUCUCCAUUCCCACUUCAGAAGUGCUCAGUCUCCAGAUAUCAGAGGACACAGCCAGCACAGCCUCGUUCUCUGACAAGUACUCCAACUCCAGCUCUUUCUUCUUCUGA